AUGGUCACUACAAUACGAAUAACCAUAAUAUGGCUUUUGGUCAUUGGAUUAUGUCUGGUUGUAUUUGCGAGAUUAAGUAAGGGCAAUAAUGAUUUUGAGUUAGAAAAAAAUGAGCAGAGCUCGUUCUUGGUGCGCCGUCGUGGUGACUCACCAACUGAUAAUGUUGACAAUACUGUGGAGAGUCCUAUAGGUAAAUCCAGUAAUUUAGGUUCACCCGUAGUUGACAACUCUAAUUCUAGUCCCAAAGAUACACCUAUAGUUGAUAACCCUAAGCCCAAUCAUACGACAAAUCCUAUAGUUGACGACAGUUCCGUAGAUACAGUUAGCGAUAAACAUAACCCUAAGCCCAGUCCCGUAGAUACGGUAGAUACGAGUAUAGUUGACAAUCAACCUGACUCUAAACAUCCUAAGUCCAGUCCUGUAGAUACGAGUGUAGUUGACAAUCAACCUGACUCUAAACACCCUAAGUCCAGUCCUGUAGAUGAUACGAGUAUAGUUGACAAUCAACCUGACUCUAAACACCCUAAGUCCAGUCCUGUAGAAGAUACGAGUAUAGUUGACAAUCAACCUGACUCUAAACACCCUAAGUCCAGUCCUGUAGAUGAUACGAGUAUAGUUGACAAUCAACCUGACUCUAAACCCCCUAAAUCUAGUCCCACAGAUACAACUAAAAAUAAUUCUGACCCUAAGCCCGACCCUUCCGUAGACACAGUUACAGCCAAAGAUACACCUGACCCUGAACCCAGUUCCGUAGAUACGAAUACAGCUAACGAUAAGUCUGAUUCUAAGUCCAGUAAAUCUGACCCUGAACCCAGUCCCACAAGUUCUGAUAAAAAGAAUAAACAAAAUAAAGUCGAUGACCCUACGCCCACUCCUGUUGAUCCAGUUAAUGAUGCAUCUGUAGUUGACGAUCCUCAACCUUCCGUAGACUCCACAGAUUCGACUCAACCAAAUUCCGCAGUUUCACAAGAUUCAAGUCCUACGGAUGUAUCAAAUCCUCAACCUUCCGUAGACUCCACAGAUUCAAGUCCUACGAAUGUAUCAGAUCCUCAAGAUCCAAUACCUACGAAUCCUACAGAUUCUCAAGAUCCAAUUGCCACAGACCCUGUAGAUUCUUCAAAUAUCACGGAUUCUCCAGAUUCUUCAAGUCCCACAGAUUCUCCAGAUUCUUCAAGUCCCACAGGUUCUUCAGAUCCAAUUCCUACGGAUUCCUCAGAUCCAAGUCUCACGGAUUCUUCAGAUCCAAGUCCCACAGAUUCUCCCGAUCCAAAUCCAAGUCCUACGGAUUCUUUAGAUCCAAAUUCCACAGAUUCUCCUGAUACACCAAGUCCCACUGACCUUCCAUCAAGUCCCACAGAUUCUCCUGAUACACCAAGUCCCACUGACCUUCCACCAAGUCCCACUAACCUUCCACCAAGUCCUACGGAUUCUCCACCAAAUCUCACGGAUUCUCCAAAUCUCACGGAUUCUCCAAUUCUCACUGAUUCUCCAAUUCUCACGAAUCCUCCAUCAAGUCCCACAGAUUCUCCACAAAGUCACACGGAUUUACCACCAAACCCCGCGAAUCCUCUAUCAAGUCCUAUUGAUCCUUCAUCAAGUCCCACGGGUCUUCCACCAGGUCCCAUGCUCACAGGUUCGCCAAUAAGUCCUACUGAUCCUCCACAAAGUCUCGAUGGUUCAAAUCAUAACACAGUAUAUCAAGCAAGUCCCACAGGUUCUCCAGGAGAUAGUCAUCCAAGUUCCACUGAUGAUUUAAUAAAUAAUCAACCAAGUUCUACAGCAUAUCCAAACAAUCCAAACAUUGCUUCCUACCCAAGUUCUACAGCAUAUCCAAACAAUCCAAACAUUGCUUCCUACCCAAGUUCUACAGCUCCUCCAUCCGUUCAACCAAGUUCCACAUAUCCAUCUAAUGAUAAUGUGAAGAAUUAUCCUGCGGAUUCUACAAGUAGUGCAAGUAGUGGAGCACCUACCACAAGGGUUUCUUUUGAUCCGGUUGCAAGUAUUCCAUUGCCCUUGGUAACAGGCACUCAGACAGUUGAUCAUCCAAUGACCACUGAUUAUCCCUCUAAGAUUUUAACUCCAGAUUCAUCUCAAAACGUUCCACAAGAUUAUUCUAAACUAUCCAUGUCGUUGUCACCAGCUCUUCAGUGGGAUUCAGUGGUUCAAAAUACAGACAUUCCAGCUGUCAUAGCAGCUCAAAUAAAACAAUCUGUUGCAAAUUCACUUGGAAUCUCAUCUGAUAAUGUAAUAAUUCUGAGCAUAGAACGUAAUGAUGAUGGUAGUGUUAAGAUCAAUAUUGCAAUUCCCAAUAAUUCUGUUGAUGAUUUAAAAACCCUUGUAAGCGAUCCGAAUAGCAGUUUCUAUCAACAAUCACAAAUUUCUAGCCUAGUAACUUCUUUAAAUGAUAAUAAUGAUGGUAAUGAUAAUGGAGGAAAUGGAAAUAGUAGCCCGGAAGGAUCACAACAUUCAUCAUUGGUUUUGGCAGCAGUUUUUGGAUCUGCAUUUUUAUACACAGCAGCAACAAUACUAGCAGUUCGAGCUUAUAGGAAACGUAAAGCCCGUUCUGAAGCUGAUGUGAUGGAAGAACAUGAUUGGACAUAA